UUUUUUUUUUUUUUUUUUUUUUUGGCUAUACCCAAGGCACAUGGACAUUCCAGGGGCCAGGGAUCAAACCCAAGCCACAGCAGUGACAAUGCUGGAGCUUUAAUCUACUAUGCCACCAAGAGAACUCCAUCUUCCUGCUUGACUUUAAUAAUCAAAUACAUUUUUAUCUCCUUUACAUUAUGGGUAAUUGUCGCCACACCAGUCCCUUCCACGGGGAUCAGAAGCCCUUGGAGGGCAAGGAUGGUUUAAUUUCUCUUUGGAGGAUCUCUGGUGCCUAACCCAUAGCUUGACACAUCGUGGGUCCUCAAAAUGUGUUUGUUGAUUGGAAUGCAAAGGAAGAGCUCUGACAGUGGGAAGUUUACUAGGGCAGGGUGAGGAGCCCAAAUCUCCUGUCUCCUCUCCCUGCUGAGACAAUCUGCAGUCCCUGCCUUUCUGAGCCACCUGGAUUCCCUUCCACACUCAGCACCUCGUGGGAGGAAAGAUGGGGUUGGAUGAGGGGGGGUCAUUUCUAAUUUUGAGUAAUUUCAAGAAAAGGCAAUUGGCAGAAGGGAGCACAAUGAAACAGGAUGCUUGAGAAAAGCGUUCAAUAAAGGUAUCUGGGAUGGCUAAUUUUAGGUGUCAACUUGGUUGGCCACUGGGUACCCAGGUGAAACAUCAUGUCUGGGUGUGUCUGUGAGGGUGUUUCCUGAUGAGAUGGGCAUCUGAAUUGGUGAUCUCAGUAGAGCAAUGGCUCCUUAAAUGUGGGUGGGCUGCAUCUAACCAGUUGAGGGCCUGAGUAGAAAAGUGGCAGAGGAAUUUGCUUUUGGCUUUCUGCCUGCCUCCUGCAGCUGGGACAUCUCCUCUCAUCUUCUCUGACCCUCAGACUGUGAUUUACAGCCCUGGCUCCACUGGCUCCCAGGCCUUCUGACUCUGACUGAACCACACCACUGGCUUUCCUGGGUCUCCACCGAUGGCAGGUCGUGGUACCUCUCAGCCUGCAUAACCAUGGACCUCUGACCUCAGGACUGAGAGGGGGCCAGAAAUGACCAGUUGCCUUCCAAUCAUCCUUUCACUGGCCCAUAAGGGAUACAAGGGGCUUCAGCUCUGGACUCUUCAAGUAAUGAGUCCCCACAUGCCCUGCACAUGCGUUCAUGUAUGCAGGUGCGCGUGCACACACACACACACUCAGGCAAUCACGCACAAGCAGGGUGUUCCCAGACCCUGUGGGUCUUUCCUGCAGCCUGUGGGAGGGAGGGGUGGAGGGGCCCACAGCCCUGCCAGCAUCUCUCCUCCCUGUUCCAGCGGUUCCCGGAGCCCCAGCGGCUCCCAGCCCAGCUUCGCGGGGCUGCAGUUGUGUCCAGUUUGCGAGUCUCCUGACACCAGCCCUCUAUCCAAGUCCUCCACCCAGGGAGGGCCUCUAGGUGGGGCCCCGCGCAGCUACACUGCUGCUAAGCGACUGGGGACCCUCCCUCUUUCACAAGCACUCAGAGCAGCGGCACCCCUCCCUCUGGCCUCAGUCCUGCAGAGCUGCGAAGCGAAGCGGGAGGCCAGUGUCUCCUCUGAGAGGGAGAAGCCUCUCUUUGCCAAAGGCAACAGCAGCUGCCGCCCAGAGCCCGUGGGGGCGCUGCGUGCGGGGAGGGGUGGCGGGAGAGGUGGCGAUGCGGAGCCGGCUUGGACCAGUUUCCCCAUCUGCCUUUCCACCUUCCCGCUCUACCGCCUGCUCUGGAGCAGAGCUGGAAUGCGAGCCUCUUAUCUGGAAAGUGUCCGUAGGGCGGCCCCUCGCCGUCCUCCCCACCCCUCAGCGCCAGACCGGCCGAGGUUGGGGCGGGGUGGGGGUGGGGGAGGGGGAGCCUGCCCGGGAGAGGGGCGAACAGGGGGCCAGAUGUGAGUGUGAUGAGAUUGGAAGUGCUCAGGCAAGUCUGCUAAUGUUUGUUACCAGGGAAUGAAACCUAAGAACGU